GUCUUGCCCUUUUAUUAUGUUUCGGUUUUAAUUUACCUGCUGCGGUAACAAACCGGCGGUGCCGCCAGCAGGAAGUGAGAGAGAAACGCAAUUCAACUCAACUCAACCACAAGGAGCCACGUCAUCAUCAACUUCAUAGUUGCCUUUCAAUAUGUCAGGCAGAGGACGAGGACGUGGCCGAGGGGGAUGGGGAGGAGGCCGCGGUAUGAUGACAUAUGCGAGAGAAAUGGAGUUUGAACUCUUCCCUGAGGAUGUUACUUUGCCUUCUAAUAAAGUCAAUCAUGAUGAUACUCUCAUGAAGGACUUGCUACGACGCAAUGCCAGGCUUCAAAAUUAUUGGAAAGCCUCUCCUUAUCUUAUCGAGGAAACAGAAGAGAACAAAAGGAUGCAUGUAGAAAGAUUUUCUGACAGGAACAAGACAACAUUUACUCGUGAUUCUUUAUCGCAGAUUUUAGUGUUCAAGGAAUUCCCUAAGGAGUUGGUUCGAGGUACAGCUACAGCUAGGCGUCCAAACCGUAAAAGAUUUCGGUGGAACCCAGAGUCAGGUAUUAAGCGAAUUGAUUUCUUCGAACAGCUAGAGAAAAAGAACCAGGUCAAAGAGGGUAAAGAUGAAAAGGAAAAUAAAGGAGGAGAAAAUGAAGAAGAAAAAGAGGAAGAAGAAAAUGUAGAUGAUGAAGAGGUUGAGGAGGAAGAAGAAUUUGGUGAUGAUGAUUAUCAUCAGAAUGAAUAUUUUGAUGAUGAUGAAGAUGAUUAUAAUGAUGCAGAUGAAGGGGAUGAUGAGGGUACCUAUUAAGAUAUCUCUUUGUAUAAUAAUGAUUGUCUUUUCAUCCUGUGAACGCUUCUGCAAUGCUUUGGAAUCUCGCUUCCACAUUGUUACAACUUCGACAUACCUUAAUCCUUCUCUUGCUUUUCAUCUAUUUCUUCUUAGCCGCUAUUAUUUUUGUUUAGUCAAUUGCAUAUGAAUGUGUAGUUUCUUAAAGUUGUUUAAGAUAGACUGUUGCUUGAACAGAAAAAAUAUCGUUUACUGUUCAGAUUUCCACCUUGAAGUGAGAGAAUGAUUAGUUGUUCAUUUUACAAAUCUUGCCUUAGAGGAUUCAAAUUCCCUUCUUGGAUAUUAUGGGAUUUUUUUUUAAUAGGAUAACAGUCAAAUAAGAGAAAAUACUCAGUUUGGUCCCUAAAGUUACAAUCGAGUUUCAAUUUAGUCUUUGAAGUUUCAAUUACCUCAAUUUAGUCCCUGAACUUUUAAAAUUUUAAUCACGUUAGUCCUUGCAGUGGUUUCUGUCACAGAGUUAAUUGAAAAUUUUGGGGACUAAAUUGAGGUAAUUAAAACUUCAAGGACUAAAUUGAGGCUCGAGUGUAAGUUCAGGGGCCAAAUUGAAUAUUAUCUCAUCAAAUAAACAAUUUGGUGUGUUAAAUGGUAACAAUUUUUAUUA